UGUCGCCACCGCCGCUCCCCACAGCCACCCUGACAGCUGCUGCAGAGUCCUAGCCGCACCAUGCCCCGUGCUGGCCUCUGUAGCUGCUGGGGUGGCCAGGUAUUGCCCCUGCUUCUGGCCUACAUCUGCUACCUGCUGCUUGGGGCCACCAUCUUCCAGCUGCUGGAGAAGCAGGCAGAGGCUCAAUCCAGAGACCAGUUCCAGCUGGAAAAGCUGCGCUUCUUAGAGAACUACACCUGCCUGGACCAGCAGGCCCUGGAGCAGUUUGUGCAGGUCGUCCUGGAAGCCCGGGUGAAAGGCGUGAACCCCAGAGGCAACUCCACCAACCCCAGCAACUGGGACUUUGGGAGCAGUUUCUUCUAUGCAGGCACAGUGGUCACCACCAUAGGCUACGGAAACCUGGCGCCCAGCACGGAGGCAGGUCAGGUCUUCUGUGUCUUCUAUGCCCUGAUGGGCAUCCCACUCAACGUGGUCUUCCUCAACCACCUGGGCACAGGCCUGCGUGCCCACCUGACCACACUGGACAGGUGGGAGGGUCAUCCCCGGCAUUCCCAGCUCCUGCAGGUCCUGGGCCUGGCUCUGUUCCUGACCUUGGGGACCCUGGUCAUUCUCAUCUUCCCGCCCAUGCUCUUCAGCCACGUGGAGGGCUGGAGCUUCCGUGAGGGCUUCUAUUUUGCCUUCAUCACCCUCAGCACCAUUGGCUUCGGAGACUAUGUUGUCGGCACAGACCCCAGCAAGCAUUACAUCGCGGUGUACCGGAGCCUGGCAGCUAUAUGGAUCCUGCUGGGGCUGGCGUGGCUGGCGGUGGUCCUCAGCCUGGGAUCCCUGCUUCUGCACAGGUGCUCCCGGCUCUGGCUACUCAUCCGAGGCCUGGACCUCAAGGACGGAACAGACUCUGACUCUGACCCUAGACCACAGAAAAUCCCCAUCUCUGCAUGAGACCCAAGGGUCCUGCCCUCCCCAACCCAUGACAUUCCCUGCCCUUCCUCUUGUAUCUCAAACCACACACAGCCCAGAUGAGGUGGUCAGCAGCUGUUCAGAGAGAGAGAGAGAGCCUACAAAGUAACGGAUGAGACAGAAAUCAAGGCCUGUAUGGAUGGAGAUGUGCAGGCUGGCCUCGGGGCUCCUCCCCUGUCUCCCCAAGAGGACCCAGAAAAAUCAAACCCAAUAUGGACCACAGUGGCCAAAUCACUUAUGCCGCCUUGACGUACUGGGAGGAAGCAAAGGUGGACUUGAUUCCUGCAUUAUUUGCUACAUACAUCCUAGGCUCUCAGAAAGCUCCUACUGUGUCCCAGGCACCGUGCCUUGCUCUGGGCUAUGGCAGUGAUGGUUUCUACCUUUACCUUCACCUGUCUUCAGUCUUGAAGGAGCCCCGGCAUCUGCAGCCUUGAGGGGGGCAAACCCGGGGAGAAAGAAAGUUCAGGGCAGUGGCAGGAGAGGGCAGCGGGCACACACACCCGGGAGCGCUUACUGCAGGAAGCUGCCUGCCCUCGGGAGUCUCACAGCUGAGGGACAGGAAGGCUGCCAGUUAGAGUCCUCCAGCUCCCCUUGCCCACACGUGGAGAGAGUUCCUGAAGCAACGCUUGGGGCCUCUUUCCUAAGUCCCACUGCUUUCCUGAAGUGACUUCCCCUGACCCUGAGACCUCAUCCCCGGCCCCCAGAAGCUGGAGCAGCUCCCAGGAGCCUUAUAGGAUAUGAGCUCCCCGGUGGCACGGGCUCCCAAGGGAACACUUUAUCCAAGCCUGGUCCUUCUGCCGGAUUGUGACGCUGUGGGCCAGAAGGGAGGGGGAGGUUUGACCCAGUCUGCCCCAGUGCCCGCUCUCAGGGUUAGGAAUUAAAGUUUUCUUGGCUUCCUCCCUCUCCCUGGUGGCAAGAGGCUUCGGAAGAUCUGUGUCCUCUUUACAGA